AUAAACAUUUAGCACUAGUGCAACUCACACAAAAACAAAUUCAGAUAGUUCUGUGAUAAAGAAUAAUGUAAAAUCGUUUAUUAAGUUAAUCAUGUGUGUCCUUUGAGUAGCCUCUGACUGGUGCAAAGCAUCGUGAAGUACAUUUCUUUCUAUGAUGGUACUGUGUGAUUCUCGGGAUGGGAUAAUGUAUACGAUACAGAGUAACUUAAACUAUCCUUUUGGAAUUCUAAAUAUUCGACACAUGGUUGACAAUUUUCCUUCUAACUAUUUGUUCCAGUUUUGUAUCUCUUAUAAAAUGCGAUUCAGAGUUAUGUAAUAAUUUUUUUACCUGUAAUUCACGAAUGCUUUAUUUAUCAUUAAAAAAUAAACUUGGUUCUAUUAAGAAUACGAAAUACCGUAAUCAAACCGAUAUAUACCCAAUUUGGUCAGUUUCUAUUCCCCCGUUUCGAUUACUAAAUAUUCUGUGGCCGAAGCCUCUUUGCAUACUCUUUUCCUCUUA